AUGGCGAAAGGAGCUCGAAGCUUGAGAAAAAUCGCUGCAUGUGUGAAGCCCUUACCGUCCGUGUCUAGCCGGGAUGUUCGCUCCAGGAACAGUAUCAGCAGAUACAUGCCAUCAUAUGGCAUCCUGCUGACGCGUUUGCCGCCCUUGCUGGGCGCCAUCAUGCCUGGCCGCAGCGUCAUCCUUCCCGCGCGCUCCUUCUUCAACAUUGCUAACACCUUCUCUAAAAGAAGGGAAUAUGCUGAGAGACGCAUCAUCGGGUAUUCCAUGCAGCAGAUGUAUGAAGUAGUGGCAGGUGUGGAGAACUACCGACUCUUUGUUCCAUGGUGCAAGAAGUCUGACGUCGUCUUCAAGCGGAGCGGAUACUGCAAGGCCAAACUGACUGUGGGCUUUCCGCCAGUGACUGAAAACUACACAUCCCUUGUCACCACAGUGCGUCCCCAUUUGGUGAAGGCAUCGUGCUCCGACGGCAAACUCUUCAACCACCUGGAGACCGUUUGGCGCUUCAGUCCUGGUUUGCCUGGCUAUCCACAGACCUGCACUGUAGACUUCGAUAUCUCCUUCGAGUUCCGCUCGCUCAUCCACUCGCAGCUAGCGCACGUGUUCUUCGACGAAGUGGUGAAGCAGAUGGUGUCGGCGUUCGAGCGCCGCGCCACCGUCGUCCACGGCCCCGAGACGCCCAUUCCGCGCGAGCUCAUGUUUCACGAGGUGCACCACACGUAG